GUGCGGUCAAGCUCGCGGCCACCCUUAUCGUUGCGCCCCAAACCGAGCCAAGAGGGAUGGCGGGGCAAAUUGGAUUUACCCCGCCAAAAUUUUGUCGGCGGUAACUGAGAGCUGCUGCGGCCCGAAUAUUUCCAACAACGGCGCGACGAAAUCAGAAUUUGCCGUUAUUAAUAGACGACAUGGCGCCUUAUGAUAGUGAUUCCUCCGGUGGGGAAGAAGAGGAUUUUACGGAGACAAAUGUGCUUCUUGGAUAUGCCUCGGCCGACGCCAAUGGCGAGGAAAUCAGUCGCCUCGGAGGUCAUCCCGAUUGGUUAGACGCGGACAAGGCACCGUCAGCUGCUCUCGCGAGAUGCAAGGUCUGCAAGGAUCUGAUGGUCCUCAUGCUGCAGCUCAACGCCGAGCUCCCAGACCGAUUCCCGACCCAUGACCGCCGGUUAUACGUUUUCGCCUGCAAACGGAAGAGCUGUAGGAGGAAAGAUGGAAUCAUCCGUGGGAUCAGGGGGGUUCGCGUCUCCGCUGACGCCGCUACUGCCAGCCCAGAUAAGGACAUCCAACCAGCAGAACAAAAGGCACCCCCCAAGCCUCCCGCGCAAGGUCUAGGCGAUGCCUUGUUCGGCGUGAAGCCGACCACAGCGUCCGGGGCAUCGCGCGCCAACCCGUUCGCGACGUCAUCCACUGCAGCAACAAACCCGUUCGCCUCCAAGCCAACCUCCACAACGCCAACAAACCCCUUUGCCAAGCAGCAGCCUACCUCCCCCGCCGCCGCCGUUGCUCCGGAGCCAUCAAAAACCGAGCUCGACAACGCGACCGCCGACCUCCCCAAAACAUUCGCCGAAACCCUCUCCCUCAACAACCCACAAACCACACAAGGCCCACCUCCCCCACCGGAGCCCUGGCCCGAAACCUCAGCCCAACCAGCGCCCUACCCGAUCCGCUGGCUGUCCGACGCCGAGUACGAGACGCUCGACCCCAUCACCCUGCCCUCCGUCCCCGCCGCGACGACAGCGAUGGACGUCGACUCGGCAGAGGGGUCCGGUGGCGGCGGCGGCAAGGAAGACAAGGAGGUGUUCGAGUCGAGCAUGGACGCGACGUUCCAGAAGUUUGCGGACCGUGUCGGGCAGAACCCGGAGCAGUGCAUCCGCUACGAGUUUGCGGGCCAGCCGCUGCUGUAUUCCAAGGGGGAUGCGGUGGGGAAGCUGCUGCAUGUCAGUGAGAAGGAGAAGGUGGCGACGAGCAAAGGUUUGCCGCGGUGUGCGAACUGUGGCGCAGGGCGGGUGUUUGAGGUGCAGCUGACGCCGCAGGCGAUUCAGGAGUUGGAGUGUGAGGAGGAUGGGUUGGAUGGUAUGGACUGGGGGACUGUUAUUGUGGGUGUUUGCGAGAGGGACUGUCAGGAGAGGGGCGUGAAGACGGGGGAGGCGGGGUAUGUGGAGGAGUGGGUUGGUGUGCAGUGGGAGGAGCUGACGAUGAAGAGGUAGAGUCAUGUACGCAGAACAGGAUAGCAGCAGGUGUGCGGGGCUUGAUAGUCAUGUCAUGUCUUCGUGUUGGCAUCUGCACCUUGCAAUGAGGCUAUGAUCUAAAACAUAGAACCCAUGGUAAUCCAGAUAGACACCCACCCCCCAACUAC